AAAAUGAAGAGGCCCCAAACUUUUGAGGAGCAAACGGAAUGUAUUGUGAACACUCUACUGAGAGACUUCUUGAACCCAACGUUACAGGUGGCUAACCGGCAACUAUACUGUGUAGAUGAACCAGAUUCAGAAGAGGCUUGCUUUUUUGACGUGGCUAUCAUUGCUGGUCAGAUGUUGGGUGACCAGUGCAGUUGAGAAUUGGAAGCUUCUGCCAAAAAUGUCAUUGCAGAAACCAUUCGGGGACAGACAGGAGCUAUAUUCCAGGACACAGUGAACUCUCUCAGCAAGACUUGGUGUGCUCAGGAUUCCAGCUUAGCUUAUUAAAGAGCCUUUCUGGCAGUGUCAGUGAAACUUCUUGAGUAUGUGGCCUGCAUGGAUCCUGAAAUGGCAAGACAGGUGGCUAUCCCCAUGACAGGUAUGAUCAAUGGGAACAGAGCCAUCCGUUAGUUCAUCCAGGGCCAGGGAGGUUGGGAAAAUUUGGAGAGCUGA